AUGGCCGGGGGUCCCUCGGUGUUCCAGCUCUGGCUCGUGCUCCAAACCUCCUGCCUCUGCCUGGCCCAGCUCAGAGGGCCACCGGGCCAGCCCGGCCCGAGAGGGCCCCCCGGUCCCCCAGGAGUGCCGGGAGCGGACGGGAUUGACGGUGACAAAGGCCCUGCUGGAGCCCCGGGCUCCCCGGGUGUCAAGGGGGACCCCGGAGCCCCCGGCCCCGAUGGACCCCCAGGGAAGCCGGGCAUCGACGGCCUGACAGGAGCAAAAGGGGAGCCAGGACCCAUCGGAGCACCAGGAAUUAAAGGCCAGCCUGGACUUCCAGGGCCUCCAGGGCUCCCUGGCCCUUCUCUGCCAGGACCACCCGGGCUUCCAGGCCAAGUGGGGCUUCCUGGAGAGAUCGGGGUGCUGGGACCCAAGGGUGACCCUGGACCCGAUGGCCCCCGGGGCCCCCCAGGCCCUCCAGGGAAACCCGGCCUCCCGGGACACAUCCAAGGACUGGAGGAAGGCAGCGCUGAUAUCCUGUGCCCGACCAGCUGCCCCCCAGGUCCCAAGGGCCCCCAGGGACUGCAGGGACUGAAGGGACACAGAGGCCGCCCCGGUGCCCUCGGGGAGCCCGGCAGGCAGGGGGGGCAGGGCCCCAAGGGCGACGUCGGUGCCUCUGGAGAACAAGGAGUCCCCGGCCCGCCGGGACCUCAGGGCCCCAGGGGGUACCCCGGGAUGGCAGGACCCAAGGGCGAGACGGGCCCUGCUGGGUACAAGGGCAUGGUGGGGUCUGUUGGAGCAGCUGGGCGGCCGGGCAGGGAAGGCCUCAAGGGACCACCCGGGGACCCUGGUGAGAAGGGAGAGCUGGGUGGCCGUGGCAUCAGGGGACCCCAGGGAGACAUCGGCCCCAAGGGGGAGAAUGGUCUGCCGGGCAUCGAUGGCAAGGAUGGCACCCCGGGUAUCCCGGGGGUGAAGGGCAGUGUGGGACAGGCCGGACGCCCGGGAACGCCGGGACACCGGGGACAAGCUGGCUUGCCAGGCCAGCCGGGAAGCAAAGGUGGCCCGGGAGACAAGGGUGAAGUGGGUGCCCGUGGCCAGCCCGGUGUCACCGGUGCCCCAGGGCAGCUUGGGCCGAAGGGCGAGCAGGGCCAUCCGGGGAUCCCGGGACCCCAAGGCUUGCCAGGAGUCAAAGGAGACAAGGGCUCCCCAGGGAAAACUGGCCCCAAAGGCAGCGUUGGAGAUCCCGGUGUCCACGGCCUCGCUGGGCUGAAGGGAGAGAAGGGUGAAGUGGGUGCCCGUGGCCAGCCCGGUGUCACCGGUGCCCCAGGGCAGCUUGGGGAGCCCGGCCCUCGGGGCGAGCAGGGCCCAGAGGGUGUCCCUGGGCUGAAGGGCGACCGGGGCGAGCGUGGCCUCGUGGGGCCCCCGGGGGAGCAGGGCAGAGUGUUAAACUUUGAAAUCCCUGAUCCCUGA